AUGAAAGAAAAGUAUGGAAUUCCUGAUUCGAGUUCUUCGACCUCUGCAGGACAUAAUCACUUGACUUUUACUAUUGAUCGUGCUAAGGAGUUAAUGAAAGACUUAGGAGAUCCAUCAAAUUUAAUUAGUUUUAAGUAUUUAGUUGAAGAUCUUGAAAUGGAGCCUUCUGCUCCAUUAUUAAAAUUAUUAGUCGAUGCACUUUUAUUACUUAGUGAUGCUUCUUUAUUUGACGUUAAAUGCUAUACAAGGAAUACUAUUCCACAUUUAGAAUUGCAUCUCCGAACUUGGGUUGCCACCUUAGAAGUUGUGUUUUAUUCUCCUACCGUAUUAACUCGUGAAACUCGUGACAAACUAUAUAGCAAUUUAGAUAAUUUUGUCGAUAUUCAUUAUCGAGCAACUGCAAUGUUUAGCCAAGGUGUUAAUCAUAGCUUUAAGUCUAAAUUUAAAUCUAAGGAGAUUAAUAUUACUAGCAAUACCUACAUGCAUUUUCCAAAUUAUAAUAUUAAUUUUUUAUUGAUCCACUUACGUGAUACUUUACACAGCAUGCGUGAUGAUGAAACUAAACUAGAUGAAUUUUUACGACGUUUUAGAGAAGCCAUUUUAGGUCUUAUUAAUAGUGCCUCUACAAUACCAUCUAUUGCUUCUGGAAAUGUUCCUGCUGCACUUGAUAAUUCAUUUACUAAUAACUCUUUACCAAAAAUUAUAAAUGCUCUCAACAUUAAAUAUCCUAUAGCUUACUGGUAUCCAGUGUGGCGUGAACUUUUAUUAAUGCAUUAUUCAUUAAAAACUUUGACAAGAGAUUUAAAUUAUAAUAUUUUACGAUUCUAUAAUGAGACUUAUCUUCUUGAAUCACUUUGGCAACAUGCCUUUAAUCAGGGGUAUGAGCAGCAAAAGCAUGAUGAUAUUCUAACUAUCUUGAAUAAUCAUAAAGCAUUUCGUGGAUUGUGGACUAGAAAAGAGCCAACUGCUUUACCAAACUCUUUAUGGUUUGGUGUAUUAGACCUUGCCCAAAAUUUAAGCUAUCAAACUGUUCAACCUGUUAAUUUAGCUCUUUGUUAUUAUUUAGGCUUGGAAUCAUUGCAAAAGUCUCAAUGUUACUAUAUACAAUUCAAAUCUUUAGAAUUGCUUAUAUCUCUCUCUUAUAAAGAACCUGAUUGGUUUAAAGAUUUAGUACAAGAAGAAUUAGAAAAUAUUAUUAAAGUGUUACCAUUUGGUACAAAUUAUGAAAAGAAAUCGAUAAUCAAGAACAAUGUACCAGAUAAAACAUCUAAUCCCUUACUAGAAAUAAUUGCAGAGCAUGUUACCUGUAAGAUUACUAGACAAAUAACUGGAGAUUUUCUUGUUUUAUCAUGCUGUGGACAAUCGGUUAGCCGUGAUGCUGUUAAUAAGUGGAGAAACAUUUCAAUAUUUGAGAAUAAAUUAUUUGAAUGUCCAUUUUGCAGAACUGAAAUUAAGAUGGAAUCAGUCUAUAAUCUUGCACAAAUUACAAUGGUAAAAGACCUCUAUAAAAGAUUAGAGCAAGAAGGAUAUUUAAACUCUUUAAGAGAAGAGCAGCAAAUGCCAACAAACAAUAUAUAUAUAGCAGAAGAUGAUUUACUUUUAAAAAUUAAUAAAAUGCACAUAUUUGGUAUCCAUAUGUUAUCUAAAUCACCUAUUUCAGUUUUAAAAAAAGUCCGCCCAAAAGUCUUACAUCCAGCAUUAAAUAAAGCAACUAAAGCAGAACAACAAAAAGACUAUGAAACAGCUAUAGUGUGGUUAACACAGCUUUUACAAUCUUAUCCAAAUAGCCAACCAAUUUUAUGUAGAAAAGCAUUUGCAUCAUGGCAACUUAAAUUAUAUUCCCAAGCUUUAAAAGAUUUAACAAUAGCAAUUCAAUUAAAAUCAUCAAAAUCUUUGGCUUAUAAUUACAGAG